UUCUUCUUUUUCUUCUUCUUCUUCCCUUCUCUCUUCUUCACCAGCUUUCUCUUUCUUUUGCCCUUCAGCUUCUACUAAUCACCAAGAAAAAACAAAAAAAAAAAAAGAUAAACGAAUUAAAGUAGGGGUGAACUUUUUUUUUCAUUGACAGUAUUAAGAUUAGUGAGUGUAUCCCUAGCUAUAAACACGUGGCAACCAUGAAGGAGAGUGGCAGGAAGCAGGGCGCAGCGUCACCAUGUGCAGCAUGCAAACUUCUUAGGAGAAGGUGUGCCCAAGACUGUGUUUUUGCUCCUUAUUUCCCUGCUGAUGAGCCCCAGAAGUUUGCGAACGUGCACAAGGUGUUUGGGGCUAGCAAUGUCAACAAGAUGCUACAGGAGUUGCCAGUGCACCAGCGGGGCGACGCGGUUAGUAGCAUGGUCUAUGAGGCCAACGCCAGGGUCCGUGAUCCCGUUUACGGGUGUGUCGGAGCCAUAUCAUCGCUACAGCAGCAGAUAGACGCCCUUCAAACCCAACUGGCGCUGGCACAGGCAGAGGUGGUGCACCUCCGGGUGAGGCAGACCGCAUCCUUUUCACAUCAUGGUUUUGGCCCAGCAAGCCCAAGUAAUAGCGGGUCACCCUCUUCUAAGCUCAUGGGUUCACAAGCCAAGCCCAUGUUUGACGUGGAUAUGGUAGUGGACCAUGCUAGCUUGGGAGAGUCCAUGUGGUCAUGCUAGCUUAAUCAUAUCUAGGCUAAAUUUUUGUCACCCUAUGCUUAAAUUCCCUCUUAAUAUAAUCCCUUUAUAUACAGCGAUUUGAGUAGAGAAAAAGAGAGGUGGUGGCAGCAGCGGUGGCGCUGUGGCGGCUAGAGUGGUGGUUCAAGGUCAUUUAGCUUACUUUGGUUUGAAAAGGGUCUUCGUCAUUAACUAUAAUGUACAUAUAUAAUUUAACUUUAUAUAUAUAUAUAUAGUGAGUAAUUUAUAAUAGUACUUUAUAUAAAUGGACUGAGGCUGGUGCAUGAA